AUGACCUCUCCCUCAAUCACUUCAGCUACUGCCAUCUCGCCAGACUCUGUCGAGAUCAAAUGGUCCAACGACCAAUCCUCCGUCUUCCACAAUAUUUGGUUGAGAGACAAUUGUCACUGUGAAAAGUGCUACUACCCUGCAACCAAACAGAGAUUGUUGAACUCUGCUACAAUUAACGCCGAUAUAGGAGCACGUCAUAUCGAAGUCAAGUUCCCCGUUCUUGAAAUUGUGUGGAACCAGGAAGACCACAAGUCGUCGUAUUCCUUUUCUUGGCUCUACCUUCACUCGUACCAGCCUAGGUUGGUACCCGUCGACGAAAAGCUCGCAGGAGAAAAGACUAUUUUAGCCCAAAAGUUGUGGAAGGUUGCUGAUAUCAAGGAUUCGUUGCCAGCUGUCGAUUUCAACAAGAUCAUCGACUCAGACGAAGGCUCCGACAACGAAGAUGCUAUUCGCGAUUGGACGCUAAAAAUCUGGAAGCACGGUUUCUGUUUCAUCGACAACGUUCCAGUAACUCCAGAGGACACAGAGAAGCUCUGUGAGAAGCUCUGUUACAUCAGACCAACACAUUACGGUGGUUUCUGGGACUUCACGAGUGAUCUCUCAAAAGCAGACACUGCAUAUACAAACAUCGACAUUUCAUCUCAUACAGAUGGAACCUAUUGGUCCGACACCCCAGGAUUGCAAUUGUUCCACUUAUUGUACCACGAUGGAACAGGAGGAACGACUUCGCUUGUAGAUGCAUUUCAAUGUGCAAAGGUCUUGAAGAAGAACCAUCCGGAAAGUUUUGAACUAUUAACUAGAAUUCCCAUUCCAGCUCAUUCCGCGGGCGAGGAAAAAGUCUGUAUCCAGCCUGAUAUUCCUCAGCCUAUCUUUAAGUUGGACAAUGAGGGCGAGUUGAUCCAGGUUCGUUGGAACCAGAGCGACCGCUCGACCAUGGACAAUUGGACUAACCCAGCUGACAUACCCAAAUUCUAUGCUGCUAUCAGACAUUGGGUGCAAAUCAUUACUGAUCCCGAAAACGAAAUCUUCUACCAGUUGAAGCCUGGUCAGUGUUUGAUAUUUGACAACUGGAGAUGUUUCCACUCCAGAACAGAGUUCACGGGCAAGAGAAGAAUGUGUGGUGCCUACAUCAACAGAGACGACUUUGUCUCUAAAUUAAAGUUGCUCAACUUGGGCAGACCAGCUGUAUUGGAGUCUAUUUGA